CCGAUUAAUUGGAAGAUGCGAUUGAUUUUUUUUUUUUUUAAUGUGCAGAACGGGAGUCUUAGAAUAGAUGAAAUCAGAUAGUCCCUUGUUGGCCCUUCAUUAACCAGAGUCCCUAUGUCUUCCAGGCACGAGCAGGACCCGGUGACCGGGUGCCUUUUCCAAGCCGGCGCCAUGGAGACGAACGAUUCUUCUCGCGUGGACUCUGAGUUCCGAUACACCCUCUUCCCGGUGUUCUACAGCGUCAUCUUCGUGGUGGGGGUCAUCGCCAACAGCUACGUGCUGUGGGUCUUCAUCAGCCUGUACCCUUCCAAGAAGCUCAACGAGAUAAAGAUCUUCAUGGUGAACCUCACCAUGGCCGACCUGCUCUUCUUGGUCACCCUCCCCCUGUGGAUCACCUACUACUACCACCAGGGCGACUGGAUCCUCCCCGCAUUCCUGUGCAACCUGACCGGCUGCUUCUUCUUCAUCAACACCUACUGCUCGGUGGCCUUCCUGGCCGUCAUCACUUACAAUCGCUUCCAGGCGGUGACCCGGCCCAUCAAGACCGUCCAGGCGACCACCCGGAAGCGCGGCAUCUUGCUGUCCCUCAUCAUCUGGGUGUCCAUCCUGGCCGCCGCCUCCUACUUCUUCAUGCUGGACUCCACCAACGUCGUGCGCGGCAAGGCCGGCUCCAACGUCACCCGCUGCUUCGAGCAUUACGAGAAAGGCAGCAUCCCGGUCCUCAUCAUCCACAUCGUCCUCGUGUUCGCCUUCUUCCUCGUCUUCCUCCUCAUCUUCUUCUGCAACCUCAUCAUCAUCCGCACGCUGCUCCUGCAGCCCGCGCAGCUGCAGCGCAACGCCGAGGUCAAGCGCCGGGCGCUGUGGAUGGUCUGCACGGUGCUGGCCGUGUUCAUCAUCUGCUUCGUGCCUCACCACGUGGUGCAGCUGCCCUGGACCCUGGCCGAGCUGGGCUUCCAGGACAGCGACUUCCACCAGGCCAUCAACGACGCGCACCAGGUCACCCUCUGCCUCCUCAGCACCAACUGCGUCUUAGACCCCAUCAUCUACUGCUUCCUCACCAAGAAGUUCCGCAAGCACCUGACCGAGAAGUUCCACAGCAUGCGCAGCAGCCGGAAGUGCCCCCUCACCACCAUGGACACGGGCACCGAGGUGGUCCUGCCGCUCAACCACGUGCCUGCCAACUCCCUCAAAAAUUAGUCUCUGACCGAGGGGGCCCGGGCCCAGAGGCGUGGACAAUGGACCUCGUGGCGGACGUGGGGGGAGAAGAGGUGUUGGCUGUGGUCUGGGCACAUCUUCCCUGGGCGCUCGGGGCUGGUUUGACACGGAGGCUGCCUCCCUAAGGUGGGGAUGACGGAAGAGCAGACUGCUAAAAUCCCACACUUGAAUGAGCCCCUUGAGCCACCUUUGGACACCCGCCAGAGUCAGCUUGGCUGGUGGCGUUAGCCAGGGGCAGACCUUGGGGACAGACUCUGAGCCGCCCAGGUCCACCUCCUGGGGCAGCAUUCAAGUGACUAGGACCUGAGCUUUGGAGCAACCACUCCCUUUAUCCCUGGAAAGGCAGAGAAGCGGGUGUGGGGGAAGGGUCACUCCCCUGGCAACGUGGCAAUACCUUUGGGGCAGACUUUUGAGCUAGGAUGAUGCCCCCUCCCGCUGUCUCCACGCACAGGCACAAGGUCUUUGUGACACUUCUUAGGGUGGCUCUGUGGAAGCUUCGCCCAACACACCCAACACCUGCGUGGUGGCCAGAGAAGAUAAAACGCGCACAGGCCAAACGCUAGGAUGGGGAGCUUGUGUCCGGAGGCGUCUCCCUGCAGAGGUCUCGCUCCAGGCCUGGCUCGGCUCUGGGGGAGAGACAAAAUCGCUGCAUCCAUCUGUCUGUGCAGAGACCUUGGUAAAGUACCUCCUGUUGGGCAGCAAAGGCCCCUCAAAGCGAAACUCUGACCAUCCAGGGCACCACAAUGCACAGCGCCUCCAAGGGACUGGGAGCUUAGGCUGGUUUCCCCGCUGCCUCUUUUUCCCUCCUAAUUUAGCUUCUAGGAGGUGGGAGGAGCAGUUAUGGUUUCAAGGGCCAGCAGGCAUUGUGAAUUCUUGGUGCAGAAGGGAAGUGUCCGCUUCUCGGCGAUCUCUAGAUGCCUGGUUGUGGUUUUCAGCAAAUAUAUUCAAAUGAGCCUCCUCUUGCACCCUGAGCUGAGUACCGCAGUCUGAAUCUGGCAGCUUCAGACCCAGGGCUUGGAGAAGCCCUCUCUGGUUUCCAGGACCUUGUGGGCCUUUAAAGAAAUCUUCUUCCCUCUCAGAUAGUGUCCCCAUAAAGUCGGGGCCCUUGUUUUCUGUCCACUGGGCAAGCACUGGAUGAAUGAUCUUUAUAACU